AGAUAGUUGGUUAUUUCAUAUAUUUGGUUUAUUCCAAUAUUUUAUAAGGAAUCAAAAUGAAACUGAAUUAAUACCGAACCUUACCAAACUUGAUUCAUUUUUGAUUUGGUUAUUCCUCAUUAUUUCCUCUAGUUGGUCACCAUUCUAAAGAAAAGAAAUGGAAUCGUUUGUAAGUAGAUGCAAGGUGAGCGAUUGCUUUCCUUAAAAGUUAAAAGAAACAUUCUUUUCGGAUAUAUUAAGAAAACUUACUUUUUUUGUUUAUCAAAAUAAAAUGUAUUAUAGUAUUUUAAUAUAAUCUCGAGAACGAUACUUCCUCUGCAACACGACUCAAUUACGCGAACGAAUAUUUAUAUUCACCAAACCAUAUUUUAUCUUGAAAAUUUGUCAACAUAGUUUAUCUUCGAUCCAAAGAGCUUCUCUGAGCCUAAACUAAAAAAGAAACAUCAAACAACUGAAAUAUUAUGGACGAAGAAGACAAGAAAGUGAUGAGGUGUUUCAGCUUCCCGAGAAUUACAAAGAAGAAGAAGAACAAGAAAGAGGAGGGGAAUUUAAUAGUGUCUACAGAAAUAGCAAAGAGAUGGAGAGAUCUAAGCGGUCAAAACCAUUGGAAAGGAAUGCUACAGCCGUUGGAUCAAGAUCUCCGGCAAUAUAUCAUACAUUACGGUGAGAUGGCUCAGGCAGGUUAUGAUACUUUCAAUACCAACACCGAAUCUAAGUUCGCUGGCUCUAGCAUCUACUCGAGAAAAGACUUCUUUGCCAAGGUUGGUCUAGAGAAAGCGCAUCCGUAUACAAAGUACAAAGUGACGAAGUUUUUAUACGCGACAUCAGAUAUCCACGUGCCUGAGUCAUUCCUGUUGUUCCCAGUGUCACGGGAGGGAUGGAGUAAGGAAUCUAAUUGGAUGGGUUACGUGGCGGUGACAGACGACGAAGGCACGGCGAUUCUUGGUCGGAGAGAUAUCGUCGUUGCUUGGAGAGGCUCAGUGCAACCACUUGAAUGGGUCAGCGACUUCGAAUUCGGUUUAGUCAACGCCAAAAAAAUAUUUGGUGACAAAAACGAUCAAGUACAAAUUCAUCAAGGUUGGUACUCAAUCUACAUGUCCGAAGACGAACGGUCGUCUUUUAAUAAGGCCAAUGCUCGUGACCAGGUAUUGCGAGAGAUUGGGAGAUUGUUGGAGAAGUAUAAGGAGGAAGAGGUUAGUAUAAGUGUUUGUGGUCAUAGCCUUGGAGCUGCGCUCGCAACACUCAAUGCUACGGAUAUUGUGGCUAAUGGUUAUAACCGACCAAAGAGCCGUCCUGAGAAAUCUUGUCCUGUUACGGCCUUUGUCUUUGCUAGUCCUCGUGUUGGGAAUUCUGACUUCAAGAAACUCUUCUACGGAUUGGAAGAUAUCCGAGUGUUGCGUACGAGGAAUCUACCGGACGUAGUUCCGAUCUAUCCACCCAUAGGCUACGCCGAAGUCGGAGACGAGCUUCUGAUAGACACAAAAAAGUCCCCGUACAUGAGAUCUCCAGGAAACUUUGCGACGUUUCACUGCCUAGAGUCUUACUUGCACGGCGUUGCAGGGGUUCAAGGGACGAACAAAGCUGACUUAUUCAGACUGGACGUGAAACGAGACAUUGGAUUGGUCAACAAAUCAGUCGACGGGCUAAAAGACGAGUAUAUGGUCCCUGCACAUUGGAGGGUUCUCAAAAACAAAGGUAUGGUCCAACAAGACGAUGGAUCUUGGAAGUUAUUGGACCAUGAGAUGGAUGAUAAUGAAGAUUUUGAUGUCUGAUUCUUUUGGUUAUUUGUUUAUUUGUAAAGUGUUGGAUGUUGAUGUUUGGAAAAAGACUAUAUUUUCAAUCAAUUAACGUUGUAUUUCUCUUUUUCUUUUAUGUAAAAAAUUCCGAAUAUGAUAUUGAUGAAAAAUUCCUGGUAGGUUUUUAUUUACAA